CGCCCAGACCACACAUUCAACCCAAAUAUUCUAUAGUUAGAUUAGCUUUAUCAACCGUCUCUGUUCAAACCGAGCAAGCAUCUCCGAUCGGCCUAGACCUAUGUGACAUCGUUUUUCUCUGGAAGUACUUUGCCUAGGCAUGUGCGGAAGGACUGCGUGCACCCUGGCGCCAGAUGAGGUCAGCCGAGCUUCUGGGUACCGAGACCGGUCAGGAAGGCGAAGACGACCUCAGUGGCGAGAUGGAGAUAUGGACAAGUAUCGACCUUCUUACAAUAAGAGCCCCCAAUCCAACAGCCCAGUGUUAUUAUCUCAUAGACAUUUUAAGAAGGAUGCUCCUGUAGACGAGUUUGUCCUGGCUGCUAUGCGUUGGGGCCUGGUUCCUGCCUGGUUCAAGGAGAAUGACCCAAGCAAAAUGCAAUACAGCACCAACAACUGUCGGAGGGAGAGCCUGCUGGAAAAGAAGUCCUACAAGGAUCCCCUUUUGAAAGGUCAACGUUGUGUCAUCCUGGCUGAUGGCUUUUAUGAGUGGAGGAGGAAGGACAAGGACAAGCAGCCAUUUUUCAUCUACUUUCCCCAAAGCAAGCAAACACUGCCUGGGCCUGCUGGUGCACAGUGUGAUGAUGUCAAACAAGAAUGUCCAUUCAAGGCUCAAACGCCAGAACAAGAAGAGAAUCAGGAAGAGGAGUGCAGAUGGACCGGCUGGCGGCUGCUCACCAUUGCAGGCCUGUUUGACUGCUGGACACCUCCCUCUGGUGGGGAAACUCUGUACACCUACACGGUCAUCACAGUAGAUGCCUCUCCUGAUCUUCAGAGCAUCCACGACCGAAUGCCGGCGGUGCUUGAUGGUGAGGAGGAGGUGAGGCGAUGGCUGGACUUUGGGGAGGUGCGAUCACUUGAGGCCCUGGAACUGCUGCGCCCCAGAGAUGUCUUGACCUUUCACCCCGUUUCAUCCUUUGUCAACAAUUCGCGCAACAAUUCACCAGAGUGCCUACAGCCUGUGGAUCCUAACAUUAAAAAGGUAUGGAUCAUACAAGUUGUUUUGUGAUUGAAAUAUUUUGGUUAGAUUCAGCUUAGUGGUACAAGAUUCUGAGCAUAUAUUACUAACACACAGAAUCAAAUUGUUUUGUGUGUGUGUUUAAACAUAUUAUCAAAAUUAGUGCUGUCAAAAUGAACAUGCUAAUAAUUUUGAUUCAUUUGAAAAAAAAAAAAACUUUUAGAGGCUUUACUAAUCUCAGUUCUAAAGCUAGGAUAAAGUCCAGGGUAUCAAAAUAAGCAGACAACCUAAUGCACGCAUACGUAUCACUUGACAUGCUAGCAGGAGGUGGCAGAGGACUAAAUACCGCUCCAAAUCUAGCCAACAUUUUGUUGAGGAAAAAACUGGCAUGGUUAUCUUUCAAAAAAAGUUCUUUGAAUUCUCUCCCUCACUGUUUUCUAUUAUGGACUAUUGUUAACAUUUAACUAACAAUUAAUAUAUUGGUCUGGGGUUUGUUGAAGUGCAUAAGCAGAAAAAAAAGCAUGUCAAGCUAACAGUCAAUGGCCUUAAUGGCUUUAUUGGGGAUCUGUUAGCUUGUUCUAUGUAGAAUCUGCUCCAAGUUAAAAAAUAUACAAAAUAAACAUUAAAUUUUGAAUUCCUUGUUGAGUUUACAUUAAUUACAUGACUUCAAUAUCCAUUAUUAAAAGCUUCAUUAGAAAGGAAAUUAAUGGUGAUUAAUCGCCAGCGAAAUUGUGUGAAAUUACUUACUCAUUACUUUUUUUAUUGAUUGACAGCCCUAAUUCAAAUCACCGUUGCUAAUUAAUAGCCACCAUUUUUUUCCACAAGUACAGGUUCUUACUAGUGAAAGGCUCUUAUGAAGUGUAGGUUUCAUUAAGCAUAGCAUAUUUAUUACAUUUUUGUUAGUCAUGUGUCUGAAUUGAUAGUACAACUCUGCUCUGCUGAGAAUAUUUACAACAGUUUCAAAAUGUUUGAUACUUGUGAAUAUCAAGGAUUAUUAAUAAACACGUGUUUGAAAACACUAUUUCAGAUACACACAGGAGAGGUGUUAAUAGUGCUGUACGGUAGGAGAUUUCC